ACAGUGUUCUUCAAGCUUUGAACAGUUUCAGAGUUCGGAGAGAGGCUUUGCCAACUCCGUCUAAAACCCCUUUAUGAAAAUUUUCAUCUUCCUAAACCCUAAUCCCUAAUUGUUAUUAGUGUUGCUGUUAUUGUUAUCUGUUUUGGUGGAUUAUUAUAAUUCAAAAUAGCAAUGAAGGAGGAAGUAAAAGGAGGAGGAGGAGCCCCAAACAGAGAACUUUAUGCACUGCUGAAUGUAUCACCAGAAGCCUCAGAUGAGGAAAUUAGAAAAGCUUAUCGUCAAUGGGCUCAAGUCUAUCACCCUGAUAAAUAUCAGGCUGCUCAAAUGAAAGAUAUUGCAACAGAGAACUUCCAGCGUAUAUGUGAAGCCUAUGAAAUUUUAUCAGACGAGCACAAGAGGCUGAUAUAUGAUAUAUAUGGCAUGGAAGGACUAACUUCUGGUUUGGAACUUGGUCCAAACCUAAAUAAGGCGCAAGAAAUUAAAGAAGAACUUGAGAGACUGCGGCGUCAGAAAGAACAAGAAAAGGUCUCAUCACAUGUUCGACCUUCUGGUUCAGUUAUGGCAAAUCUGUCUUUGCCACAAUUUUUGGAGGGUGAUGGCAUUAUGAGAGGGAUGGCUAUGGCAAGUGAAGUUCAGUCUCAAUUAUCUGAACGGAGUGGUAUUGCUCUCGCUGGGAACCUGGCAGUUGAUGGGAGUUCUGGUGGUGGCGUUGCCUCUAUUGUCUUUAGACAUCAUAUAUCUCCCGCAUCUUCCGUUGAGUUUAUGGGUUCUGCUGGGUUACGGGCAUUAAUAGGGGUACAAACUUCUCGUCAACUAUCCCAACACUCUUCUGCUACAAUGGGCCUUGCCAUGUCUUUAAAAGAUGGUUCAAUUAAUCUUUCCAACAAUUGGACACGGCAACUCUCAGAGACAACUAAUGGAAAUAUACAACUUGCAUUAGGGACAGACACAUCUAUUGGCGUUGGCUGGCAAAAGAAGGAUCAAAAAAUGUCUGCUGCUGGGGAUAUCAAGAUUGGUCCAGGUGCAGUUGGCUUAACAGCUCAUUAUACACAUCGCUUCUCCUCAAACUCCCAUGGGCGCGUUGGAGGAAGAUUUGGAAGAUUGCAGACCUACAUUGUGAAACCUUAUAAUCUGAAACGUGAGAAAAAGAAGUCGUUGGAGAAUGCUGAGAAAACUCUAUCCCAGGUUCGUGAGUCAAGGGCCACUGCUGAAAAAGCUCAAAAGUUGUUGCAAAAUGUGGCCAAUAGGAAAAGGAGUAGACAACUCGAAACUGGCGGACUUGUGGUCACAAAAGCAACUUAUGGAAGUCGUAAAGCUCUGAGAAAUAGAAGUGAAUCUGAAGAAGCAAAAGAUGAAGCUACCUCCCAAAUCAUCGAUGUUACUCUACCUCUAAAUUUCCUGGUUAAUGAGUCAGGGCAACUUAAGCUACAUGGGGGUGUAAAAAAAUCCGGAAUUAUGGGCUUUUGUGAUCCUUGUCCAGGAGAACCUAAGCAGUUGUACAUAGAGUACACCUAUGGUGGCAAUAAAUACGAGGUUACUGUUGAUGACUAUGAGGAGCUGGUGAUCCCCAAGGAAGCACACAGAAUAUAAACGUCCAUGAAAUCAGUCAGAUCCUUGGCCCCAUGAUGAAGACUUGUAAAACUUUGGGACCUCUUCACUUUUCCAAGUCUUAAACGGCCCUUUUAAGUCAUAUGAUUCCUUUUAUGGUGCGUUCCUUGGAAAAGAGGAAAAGGGAAGGAUUUUUUCAAGAUAGUUUGUAUCAGAAUUCCCUUGUGCCUCCAUAAGAAUUUGGUGUCGCUAGGAGAACAAGUGAUGGCAUGUCUUGUGGUGCUUCUGGAUAAAUAUCCGAAGCCAUUCUAUCUUCUCUUUUUGCUUUCCCGGUCAUUUUGGGAACUAACUACAGACAGAGGUAAGGUCAUUCAAUCAAGAUUUAGCCCCCCCCUCAGUUCAGUUUAGUUGCCAUAUUACACUCAACAGACAGUUACUGCCUAUGUGGUGGACUAUGGAAACUUUCAUCAAGCAUUUUGAUUCUUGCUUUGCAGCCAGGAAUCAGAUGGGUUCUGGAUGCCAACUCUUAGACUUAGUCUUUUGGCAUCUUGAUUGGCAUUUUGUAGAUACCAUAAGGAUACCAAUUUUGUAAUGUCCAGUAGGAUAAGAGUUUUUGUAUGUAUCAGUUCACGGGAUAUUUACCCGUUGCAGUGAACUUAUACACUCAUAUUUAUUUGAGAGGGGGAAAAAAAA